AUGUUGACCAUGUCAAAAAAACAAUAUAUAUUGAAUGUUGAACCAGUACAUUUAUUUCUAGCUGGUCCGGGUGGUAAUGGUAAAAGUCAUCUUGUUGAAUGUAUGUUUUUUGUAUCAACACGACUAUUUAAAAGAAAACCGAUUAACAAUUUUUCGGAUAUUGAUGGUAACGUUCGUACUAUUAAAAAUGCACCUACAGGCCUGGGUAAACAAUUAAAGAAAAACUAUGAAGCUUUAUCAUCGGAUAAAUUAAACAGUUAUCGAGCAAAAAUAGGAAGUGUGAAGUUAAUAUUUGAUGAUGAAAUUUCACGUAUAAAUUAUAGUAUGUGGUCCAGAGUUGGAACCGGUCCGGCAAUCCGGCUCCGGACCGGCCGGAUCGGACAAGACCGGACGAAAAGUUAA